GCUGUUAUCUUGAGAUACUGAAGGUACAAGGCUUGAAAGUGGGUUGCAGCUAUAAACAGCUUUUACUUUUUAGAACAGUAAACUUUUAUCCUCAGUAAAAGAACAAAUUUAGUCUGAGUGCUUGGCCAAGUUUCUCUCUCUUUAUGUAUUUCCUGUUGCUUUGAAGGGUGCAAAGGUUCUUCUGUGUAAUAGUUCUGGGGAACUGAAUUAAAGUGCAGACAUGUCUGUAUUUCUGAAGAAAUAAGGUGAUACAUAAUUGAUGAGGUUUUUUUCUUUUUUCAAUACCUUUUAGGGACUUACUGAAGCAGUGGGAGACUUUUGUUCUCCUAUUUUUUUUUUUUUUUUCAGUUUGUGUUUGUAUGACAGCUUAGGAAGAAAGCUCUUCAAACAGUUGUUCUGUUUGUUUUGGUUUUCCCACUUUUUCUCCGUACUACUGAAACAAAGCUGAAUAAUCAAAGAGAACUAAAUUGGAGGAAUUGAUCCCCAUUUUUGAUGUGAGGACUUCAUCGCUGACAUCUCUAUGCUCAUUUGGCAGCCUCCAAGAAAUAACACAGCUCAGCAGUGGCAAUAACUGCCUUGGGUAUACCCUGACAAUUAUUUGGGAAAAACAAAGAAAAUCCCAACAGACAAACCCCACCAAACCUUUUGAAGACUUUGUGUCCAAUGACGUCAAUGGCCAGUUUGUUCUCCUUUACUAGCCCAGCUGUAAAGCGUCUGUUGGGCUGGAAACAAGGAGAUGAAGAGGAAAAAUGGGCAGAAAAAGCCGUUGAUGCUUUGGUUAAAAAGCUGAAAAAGAAAAAGGGUGCUAUGGAAGAGCUGGAGAAAGCCCUGAGCAGCCCAGGCCAGCCCAGCAAGUGCGUGACCAUCCCGCGCUCCCUGGACGGGCGGCUCCAGGUGUCCCACAGGAAGGGCCUUCCCCACGUCAUUUACUGCCGCGUCUGGCGCUGGCCCGACCUCCAGAGCCACCACGAGCUGAAGCCCUUGGAUAUUUGUGAGUUUCCUUUUGGAUCUAAACAGAAGGAAGUCUGCAUCAAUCCAUACCACUACAAGAGGGUGGAGAGCCCAGUUCUACCUCCAGUGUUAGUGCCUCGCCACAGUGAAUUCAACCCCCAGCACAGCCUCCUCGUUCAGUUCAGGAACCUCAGCCACAACGAGCCCCACAUGCCCCACAACGCCACGUUCCCUGACUCCUUCCAGCAGCCCAACAACACUCCAUUCUCCAUCUCCCCAAACAGCCCCUACCCCCCUUCCCCAGCCAGCAGCACUUACCCCAGCUCCCCAGCCAGCUCGGGACCAUCCAGUCCCUUUCAGCUCCCAGCUGAUACUCCACCUCCUGCCUAUAUGCCCCCUGAUGAUCAAAUGGGGCAGGAUAAUUCCCAGUCUAUGGACACAAGCAAUACAAUGAUCCCUCAAAUCAUGCCAAAUAUAUCUACCAGAGAUGUCCAGCCCGUUGCCUACGAAGAACCCAAACACUGGUGUUCCAUCGUGUAUUAUGAGUUAAAUAAUCGUGUUGGGGAGGCCUUUCAUGCAUCUUCCACGAGUGUCUUGGUAGAUGGGUUUACAGAUCCCUCCAACAACAAAAACAGGUUCUGCUUAGGUCUGCUCUCCAACGUGAACCGCAACUCGACCAUCGAGAACACUCGGCGGCACAUCGGGAAAGGAGUUCACCUCUACUAUGUUGGUGGAGAAGUCUAUGCUGAGUGUUUGAGUGACAGCAGCAUAUUUGUACAGAGCAGGAACUGCAACUACCACCAUGGCUUUCAUCCAACAACUGUGUGCAAGAUUCCCAGUGGAUGCAGUCUGAAAAUAUUUAACAAUCAGGAGUUUGCUCAGCUUUUAGCCCAGUCUGUCAACCAUGGAUUUGAAGCAGUAUAUGAGCUCACCAAAAUGUGCACCAUUCGAAUGAGUUUUGUAAAGGGCUGGGGAGCCGAGUACCACCGACAGGACGUCACGAGCACCCCGUGCUGGAUAGAAAUUCACCUUCACGGGCCCCUCCAGUGGCUGGAUAAAGUACUUACACAAAUGGGCUCUCCCCUUAAUCCCAUCUCAUCUGUCUCAUAGUGCUGACAUUCUAUCUCCAGCCUUAUUUUUAGCGAACUUAUUCUAAUUCUAGAGCGACUUCCAGUGGAUACUGUGAGCUAUAUGGAGAAUGGAUCUUAUGGUUUAAUUGUUUUGGUUUUUUUUUUUAAAUCCCUCUGUGACCAAUUCCAUUGUGUAUAGCUAAUCAGUUUUACAUUUCAAAUUUUUCUUGUGAUGCUUAAGUGACAGUUGAACUCUAAGGGAAAAAAUAGUCUAUUGAGAAAUUCAGAACACUUUUCCCCUCCUUCCCCUAGAACUUAAACAGACAUAUGUCUUAACUGGAAAACCUUUUUGUCCUGUAGGGACAAAGAAUUAUGAAGACUGACUUCAGAGAAUAAAUACAUAUCAUAGUUUGGGAUUUUUUUUUUAAUGUUUAUGAAACUGUUUGAACAUUGUGCAGCUCCAGCUUGCAGGCUGUAUUUUUAGCAUAGUGUUUUAAACAUCUUAAGGUUGACAUCUGUCGUAAGCAAAAUUAGACUUUAUUAUGGCUAAUUUGCCUCAGAUUGAACAAUGUGAUUUUUUUAAGUGUACACAUGAAUAUACUUUUUACAAAUAUCGGAGUGGUGUAAAAACACUUGUAUUUUCUAUUGGAAAAUGCUGUCAUAAACACACUGUAUAUUAAUGCAGAAUAGCAGUUCUUAGCCUUUUCCCACCUUUGGUUUUGUAAUAUCUCUCUUAACCACCAUUUAAAAUAGUAAUUGAUACAAGGUAAACAUCUUGCACAUUUCUGGAGUAGUAAUUCUUGUUUUGCUUUGAUUUACACUCAUGCAGUUUGGAUUUGGUUGCCAAGGCUAUCUCUUUUUAGGUACCCUUCUCUUUUUUAACAUAAACACUACUAUUUGUAAAUGGCAGUGCUUACUACUUUUUGGAAGGAAUAAGUUUUUUUGUUUUCUUUUUGGUGUUCUAGCUGUUUAUUUUACCUGUCUGGAAUUGAUCUGUGUAGACCUUUUUAAUCUCUCAGUAGACAUUACACAGUAUUAGUGAUUACACUGUAUUUAAUUCACUUUCAGGAUGAGGUUGAGUCUCUUUGAAGACUGUGAGUGGCUUAGCAAAUGAGUUACUGAAUGCAGAAGCUUUUACUUCCAGGUGAUUUAAUACAGACCUGUUGGUCAUGACCAAAAGGAAUCCCUCCUUUGUAGCCUGCAUUGAAAGGGUGGUCUCACUCCUGGCCCUCAUGGCAGGGCUUCAGUCAGAAGACUUGUCACUGUAGGUGGCAGCUUUGUGGGACUGAAGGAUUGCAUUAAUAUGGUGAUGAAAUUCCUCACGUGUAAGGAAUCACAGAAUGCUGAGGGGUUGGAAUGGGCCUCCAGGAUCAUCCAGUGCCAACCCCAGGGACACCUCCCUCUAGAACAGGUCGCUCAAGGCCUUACCCAACCUGGCUUUGAACACUGCAGGGGUUGGGGCAGCCACAGCCUCCCUGGGCAACCUGUGCCAGUGCCUCACCACCCUCACAGGAAAAAUUCCUUCCUGACAGUUUGUGCCCAUAACUCCCUGUCCUGGCACUGCAGUUCCUGACAGCGAGUCCCUCUCCGGUUCCCUGGAGGCCCCUUCAGACACUGGGAGGUGCUCCAGGCCCCUCAUCAACACUGUGGCCUCCUCUGCACUUGCUCCAGCAGUUCCAUGUCCUCAAGCUGGGGACACCAGAACUGUUGCCAGUGCUCCAGGUGGGCUGUCACAAGGGCGGAGCAGAGGGGGAGAAUCCCCUGCCUUGGCCCACGAUCCAGGAGCCCGUUGGGUUCUGGGCUGUGAACACUCACUGCUGCCCCAUGGGGACUUUAUCAGCAACCAUCACCACCCCCAAGUCCUUCUCCCAGGGCUACUCCAAAUCCCUUCUCCACCCAACCUGUAGGUGUGUCUGGGAUUGCCCUGACCCAGGUGUAAGACCUUGGUGAACUUCAGGAAGUUUGCACCAGUGCGCUUUGGUGGAGAAUUUAAACACUGUGCUAAACACUAAAGGAAAUCAGUUAAAUAACUUGUGCAUAUUUCCCCCCUUUUUAUAAUAAAAAAGGAGGCUGAAAGAAAUACUCUUAAGAGAAUUAAAAGUGAAUUAUAUACAAAAUCUCUUUGCAUGCAGAAAAAACCUCUUGUAUUUUUUAACUUCUCGCCUUCCUUUUUUCUCUUUCCUGGAUACCUCUUCAGCAAAGGGUUCAGUGUUGGGAGGAGAGGCUGAAAACUCUAAUAUGCAAAUAAUUAUUGGAAGAUGUGUUGCAGUUAAUUGCUGCAACCCUGAGACAUUGAUUGCUUACACAAGUUCUUGUGUCUUCUGUUGAAUGACAAAUCAUGCUUCGUAUGGUACCUGCGUAACAAGUGAUCUUCAAGGAUUCGAAUUGUUUACGUGUCCUUAAAAUGUUUCUCAUGAAAUGCCUUAAAAGAAUAAACUGUAACACUUCUGCAGAACCCUAAUGUUCUCUUGUACAGGAAUUUCUGUAUUACUUGGUGUUUGGGGAGUUGUUUUUUUUUUUUUUUUAGUGUUUUGGGGUUUUUUUAAACAGUUUCUCAAGUGUGUUUAAAAACCAACAAGUGCAUCUUCAGGAGAAGGGGAGGAACAUUAAUUGCUGUUUACCUUUGGGGUCUUCUCUUUCAUUCUUUGGAGCUGCAACCCACAGACAGUUCUUUUGAUUGAAUAAGAUGCCAAGUCAGUUGGCCACAGGAUCCAGCUUCUAUUGUCUUCUCCUCGGGGCCUGACUUUUGUCAAGUAGCUGAAUAUGUAUAUUUGACACUACAGAAUAUUAUUUUUCUUGACUAGCUUUUGUAAUAAACGCCAUGGCACGUUGAAUUAAGGAAAGGUUGCAAUUGUAGGUACAAGAUUUUACUUUAUCCAAGAUGUUUUUCACCUGGCUUCAUCUCUGUUCACUUGUGUGCUUCUCUGUGGCCAACUGAGUGAUUCAAGAAUGGGUGCUGAGGUGGGUGUUUGUGAGCCAGAGCUGGUGCUUGGUGCUGCUGUCGUGGUUAGAUUGGCUGCCCGUGCACUGAACCAUAAUUUCUGCAAUAAUAUCCAGUUAACCCACUUCUGAUGCUGUCAUUAAGUGCUGAAAUGCUCUGGCAUUUUUCCUGCUUGUGUCCAUGUUCUGCAACUGUAAUAUCUGCAAUGCUGGGAUAUCCUUGUGACUGCUGGUCUGGCAGGGCAGGAGCAGGAGCAAACCCAGGAAGAUUUGUUUGCCUUCUACUUCUCUGUUCCUUUUAAGCAGAGCUUUUUGGGUGCUUUCUAGUGAGCAAAUUUUACUGGUUCAUGAUGUUCCUAAUCCAGUUCUAGUUCAUCUGUGCUGCUGAUACAAAAUGAGAUAUCGGAACACAGAUGGAUUGGAUGGAGAGUUUUUUGACCCUAAUCAUGUGUCAAGUACAGGGAGAGCAGGGAGUGCUGCUCCUGGUGCAGCAUCCUGUGUAUAAAUCACUUCUUUAUCCAGAUGGAGAAAUUAAAUCAGCCAGCAGAGUGGUAGUGGAAGAAGGAGCCUUUCCAGUGUAGCCCAGCUUGGAUUGUUACCCUUCAGUAAAAACUGAUUUGGCUUUUUAAGUGUAUUUUCUUCUUUUUGGGCGUCUCCUUUGCACCAACCACAGCGUUGACUGGCAGCUUUGGCAACACCAGCAGAGCCUGGAGCAGGCUGACACCAAUCCUUGCUGGGCUGGCUUCUGCAGUCCCUGGGAUAACAGCCUGGAUGUUGCUCCUUGGGCACCUCAGUGCUGGCAGUCAAUCAGUGCCCUGUGCCUGACACCCAUUUACUGCACUGGGCUGGGAGGGCUGACAUGGACCAAAAGACCAUUUUCCAGUGUGACUGAUGAGAGACAGAUUACCAGAACAGCCCAGCAGGCAAAACAACGAUGAAAAUGCUGUUACAAUUCGGUGUUUUUUCCCCCCACAGUAUUAAAAUGUGAAAGUUGUCGAUUGUUGGGUGUAAGAUUAACUUGGACCCUUGCACUAUAACUCUAGAGGACAUUCAAAUGUGUCAGGCUUCCUCCCUAGUCUGAAAUGAUUAUUUUUUCAGGAUAUUGUUUUACUUGCUCAAAUUGCUAAUGAUGGUUUCUAGAAAAGCAAACAAACAAAAAACCAAAAACCAAAACGUUUUCUGAAUGUUUUGCUUCGAACAGCAAACGUGAGUAACUUUUUUUUUUUCUGUAGUUGUGAAGUUUCUGUUUAGGAAUGUUUUUCCCAUUCUGAAUUCAAAAUCAAUAGACCAAACCAUCAGAUUUACAAUAUGUUGCUUUUUUGUGCUGCUCCAUAAACCUGCUUCUGUGUUCGUUGCAAGCAUAACCUUUAUGCUUUUGUUUACAUUGUAGGAAACACAGUUCUAGCAAUGAGGUUUGUUGUUUUGUUUUGUUCUGGUUUUUUUUUUCCAUUUAACUCUAAACAUCUUUUUAUUUUGUUAAUUUUAAAACGAUUAGGUUUUGCUAUGUUAUGUUUUUAAAGAUAUUUUUUGCAUACUGCUGCUCAUAUUUCAAUAAACGAAACAAAAAACCC